GCUAUCAGAUGCGAUAACGGCGAGUGUAUAUGCACCUGUUAUCACCAGCGCUACAAGAUGUAGGCGGACGCUACACGACGCUACGCGGCAAGUUGCGCUGGAAUCAUAUAUUGGAGUCUAGCGUGGCGUAUAACCGCGACAAUCGCGACGCUCGCUCCUGGAAAGUUUGUGAAUUGAGGAACUAGUGUGUGAGAGAGAGAGAGAGAGAGAGAGAGAGAGAGACUCGUGUAUUAGCCGAGCGACUUGAUGCAUAAAAUGUGGAGCCGUUGGCUGUGGCUGUCAACGACCGGUUGAGAGUUAGGUUAUCUCGCCGUGUGUGACGUUGAGGGAAUCAUGAAUGUCGCUCGUCGUCCUGCCUCGACACCUGUUAACGCCUGAAUCCUCCUCUCACUCCCGUGCACUUAUAUUUCGACCGAUGCAGGAACAAUAUGUGCGAGGCGCGCGCAGGGUCAGCUUCUACGUAUUUUCUGUGUUUUUAUGAUUUAAUGCGCCGUCAAGCUGAUAAUUGAGCAGACACGUAUUUUAUGUUGCGCACGUUGUGAAGCAACACUAUUAGAACAGAUCAAUCCAGAAUCGUUGCAUCGACCGAAAUGUUCGUUUGGUAACCGCUGUACAAUGGUGACUUUGUGUAGUGGAAAGGGGAAAGAUGUAUUGAACCAAUGCGUAAAUACAAUGCCAUAAGUAAGAGAGAUUCAGAAGUACAGGAUGAGUUGUUCUGUAGAAUUACGCCAGCGUAGGCAACAGGGGAUUGUGGAGGAUCCUCAUAGGCUAGCGGCGAUGAUGAAUAAAUCUCAAAGACUCAUAUUGGGUCUUUUAGUGCUGUUGUUAGUCGACAUAAUUUGGGUCUCCAGUUCUGAACUUACCAAAUAUAUUUACAGAGAGGCGGCAUUUGAAAAGCCAUUUUUUAGUACAUACGUAAGAACAUCUAUGUUUACACUUUAUUUGCUUGGCCUGUGCUUCUGGCCACCUUGGCGGGAACAAUGUAAUAAACCAGCCACAUACAUGUUUAUAGAUCCCAAUGUUGAGGAUGACAACUUCUAUUCGGAAGCUAAUACCAGUUUAAGCGAUCCAACGUUCGUUCCGAUAAAAACUCCGGAUCAUUGCGACCGUUCAUCGGGUACGGAAAGUGACGAUUCGUCUAUACGCUCUGUAAGAUUUAGUAAACUAGCGGAAGUGCGCCAUAUGUCGGAGAGUGACGCUACAGAGGCUCUAUUGGCGCGACUUAGUUACCAAGCUAGCGUCAGAGCCGGGGAACACGCGAGGCGGCAGGCAAACAAAUUCUCUGUACAAAAAGUGGCCAAAAUAGCUCUUAUGUUUUGUCUAUUUUGGUUCAUGGCAAAUUACACGUACCAAAUAUCGUUAGAGCAAACCGAAGCCAGAAUCGUCACUAUAUUAUCCUCGACGUCUAGUUUAUUCACUUUAUUUCUCGCGGCCUUCUUCCCCAGUAACGGAGGAGACAAGUUCACACUGUCCAAAUUGGCUGCUGUAGUCAUCAGCAUCUCUGGACUGGUAUUAGUCGGUCUUUCGGAUUUAAAUGUAAAAAGCAACAGCAUGUCAACGGGCAUAAUAUUAGCUCUAGUCAGUGCUUUUUUCUACGCCGCGUAUAUUGUAUUUUUGAAGAGGAAAGUAGAUCACGAGGACAAAAUGGAUAUACCAAUGUUCUUCGGCUUCGUGGGGAUAUUUAAUUUAACGCUUUUGUGGCCUUUAUUUUUUAUUCUACAUUACGGUCAUUGGGAAGAAUUCGAGUGGCCCAAUAGCCAUCAGUGGACGUUUCUAAUUAUAAACGGCCUGAUCGGUACGGUCCUAGGCGAAGUCCUUUGGCUAUGGGGUUGUUUUCUAACGUCGUCUCUCGUAGCAACAUUAGCCGUAAGCUUAACAAUGCCCAUGUCGAUGGUAGCUGAUGUCCUUCUAAAAAAAGUUGAAUAUCCUUGUAUUUUCUACCUAGGGAGCAUUCCAAUGCUUUUAGCAUUUCUGACAGUAUCUCUCUUAUCUUACUACGAUAAUUGGGAUCCUGUUAUGGAUCUGAUGAAACGAUUUUAUAUUUGGAUUUGCAGAAGAAACAACAGAUCAACAAGGAUUCCGGAUCUCGAGGCAGAACAGACGGAAUCUUUGAUAGGGAUAGACAGUGGUGAUCAUGAAGCUUAGCGAGACAAUAAUGAGAGAAUCAAGAACACGGUAAAAAACAUCUCGUAUUGUAUAUAUAUAUAUAUAUAUAUAUAUAUGUACUAAAUAUAACAAUACACACACACAC